GCGUCAACCUGCCACAGCGGAAGUGAAAGCUUCAGUGAAAUAGCGGCUGGAUAAAUAAACAUGUCCGGUAUUUUAGUAUUGUUCAUUGUAAAUAUUUCCCACUAACAAAAAUGAAUGUUUUUACCUGCGUCGUGUUAUUUCUCGUAAGUGCCGCAGCUGCUAAAAAAGGCGGAGACGAUGAGUGGGUGCAUCUGCCAAACAAAUGUGAAGUGUGCAAAUUUGUGAGUAUUGAGAUGAAGUCUGCAUUUGAAGAGACUGGCAAAACAAAAGAAGUGAUUGAAACCAACUACCGCUUCCUGGAUGAUAAAGGUGCACCGCCAAUCAAAUAUGUCAAAUCUGAUAUUCGUUUCAUAGAGGUGAUGGAGAACGUUUGCUCAAGGAUUAUGCAGUACAAUCUACACAAAGAGAGAGAUGGCAGCAAUCGCUUCGCAAAGGGUAUGUCUGAGACAUUCUCUACCUUACAUAACCUGGUUAAUAAAGGCGUGAAGGUGGUCAUGGACAUUCCCUUUGAACUGUGGAAUGAGACGAGUGCAGAAGUGGCUGACCUCAAAAAACAGUGUGAUGUGAUGGUAGAGCAGUAUGAAGAAGUCAUUGAAGACUGGUAUAAAGGCAGCCAGGAGGAAGAUCUCACCACUUACCUGUGUGAAAAACAUGUGCUGAAAGGACAAGACACGGACUGUCUUAAAGAGACAUGGGCUGGGAGGAAGGGAGACACGGCAGCUAUCGCAGAGGACAAGAAGAAAAAGAAGGGCAAAAAGAAGAAGGGUAAAGACAGCGAGGAUGGGCAGAAAAAGGAAAAGAAGGUGAAGAAGAAGAAGAAGAAGGAAAAGUCCAAGCUUCACAACACCAAAAAGCGGAAAACCGAAGAAGCUGGAUACACCUCAGAUGAGGAGGAGAUUCAGAAGAAAGUUCCUCUUAAUCAGGAGAAAACUGAACUCUGAUACAGUUCUUCGCUUUUUAUGUUUGUUUGUUUUCUGGCGCUUGACCCCUUGACAUCUAAAAUGACAACUGCUGCCAAGAUGUACGUUGAGUUUUAAGUCCAUGAGAAGGAGGUAAUAUUGAGGUCCUCUUUCUAGAUCAGACUGAACACGUCACUUGAAUGUUACAUGAACAGGACAAUGCUAAAAUCAAACGCCAUUUCAGAUCCAAAAAUGGCAGCUACUGUAGACCAAUCAAAUCAGAGCUUGGAUUUAAACCGUUUGCUUGUGUUUGUUCUCAUGCUGGUACAUGUUGGUGACAUUGAUAACAUGCUAAAACAGGAAGUGUUUUCAAUCAAUGAAGCUUGCGAGCUCUUGGAAGAGAUUCUGGAGAUUUCUAUUCCUCUCACUCGUGUUUCUUUCCUAAAAUUCAGUUUAGUUUAUGGGUAAUAAAUUUAGCCUUUUAGCUAGUGUUACUUAAACUUGCCAUUAAUUUUCAUCAUCUUUUAGAUUCCAAAUAAUAAAAUACGUUAUUGUUUUAUUUUUCAGUAUUAAUAUGAUUAGGUGGGACAAAAUUUGACCAUUUUUUGUAUAGGAUAAUAUUUUUAUGAAACAUUUUAUAUGUGAUGCAACAAAUAUGUUUUUUUUUUUUUUUGUGUGAUUCAAAAUGUCCAUGAAAUGUGAUUAUAUAGUUUUCUCCCCAAAAUUUCAAUUUAUUAUUAUAGUUGUUAGAUGGAACAGUCUGAACUUGGCACCCUCUCGCAUAUCACCCUGAGUAAGUAGGGACCUUUUUUUUUCUUUCGUUUUUAAAAUCCAAAUAUGGUUGUACCAUUUUUGCUUGAUCUGUCCAUAUUUGUUUUUGUGUUUGCAGUGUUUAUGUGAUGUCACUUACAGGAAAUGUUUGACCUAUUUUCUUAAUACUUUUCUGUAUGGUAUUGUUUACUUCAACUGUUUAUAUAUCAGGCUAUUUCCAAAAGCUGUGUGUGUGUGUGUGUGUGUGUGUGAGAGUGUGUGAGCUCCUGCAGGUGUUUGUAUGUCUUCAUACUAGUGUUGUUUGGAGUGCGAUGUGGACUGUGUAUGAAAGUUAUUGACCUGAGAUUGAACUGGAUAUGCAAAUGUUGUAACGGGAGGACCAUGUGCCGGUUUGUAUUUCUUGGGACCAGCUCAUUGAGUUGUAAGGUGACUGGUAAAUAAAGAAACCAACAACCAGCAACUGUUGGGUUUAAUUCUAA